CGACGAGAAAGGAACACCCCACCAGCAUUCACCUCGGUUAAAAGACGACUCGAUCAAGCAAAGGACGAGCUGUGAUUGUACAGGACGCAGUCUGCUUUGCUUCACGUCCAUUUACUGGUGAAACAGCCAGCCGCCACUGUCGGAGACGCUGCCGAGCAGGAUUCGUCAUAGGCACGAAGUGCAUAUCCAUUGGGACGUUACACCUCCAUAAGCUCAAGGCGUGAGCAAGUUCAUCGCCUUCACAAACUUCCAUCGUGGCGUUCGAGCAACUGCAAGUCACGACAACACUACACUCGCCUACCUCCUACCACCGCAACCCCAUCAACCACCGCCGCUCAACAACACCGCCCAUCCGCCCCCUCACCCCCGAAGAACUCCGCGAAAUGCUCAUAGCACUCCUCGCCUCCCUCUUCGGGACUCUGGGUUUCUUCGCCCUCAUCGGACUGGGAAUAUGGAUCGCACGUAACACGAGGCGGGGGAGGAGAAUCAUGUUGGGAGGGAAUUGGUUGCCGGGCCAGUUUGAUGAUGAAGCUGAGUUGGCGAGGCAGGAGGCUGAGGCUGUGGAGCAUAUGGAUGAGAUUAGUAGGUUGGCGUAUUUUCGUGCGAAAGCUUAUCAACAGCAGAACCCGCCUGAGUCUGUUCCAACAGAUAUCUCGCUCUCCCAAUACUUGUCUAUCCAAGAAAAGGGUGUCUCAGCAUGGGAGUUUGUACCUGACCUCGAAGUCGCAAACUGUUUCGUCGAAGCACGAACGGAAAUCCAGUUCUACGAUAGAGAAUGCUCAGUCCAAACCAACCUCCCAAUCCCAAGACAGAACGAAGUAUACUACUGGGAAGCAAAGAUGUACGAUCUACCAGAAAGCACAGUGGUAAGCGUGGGCCUAACAACAAAACCUUACCCCCUCUUCAGACUCCCUGGCUGGAACCGGAUCUCCCUCGCGUACACCUCCGCGGGCCACCGCCUCCUCUCAAACCCUUUCCGCCCAACACCUCUGCCGAAUUUAACUCAGGGAGAUGUUAUUGGUAUCGGCUACCGCCCUCGCACAGGUUCCGUCUUCUUGACCCGCAACGGUCGCAAAACCGAGGGUCCGGAACUCCAUGGGUAUAAGACCGUUAACCUAUUCCCCACGGUCGGCGCGAACGGGCCUUGUAGCGUACAUGUCAAUUUCGGACAAGGCGGGUUCGUGUACAUCGAGGCGAACGUGAAGAAAUGGGGUCUUGCGCCGAUGGUUGGGACCCUGGGAGCACCGCCUGCGUAUGGUGUUGAUGGGGGCAGUAUCUUGUUGGAGACUGCUAUCACGCCAGGCGAGAGUUCGGCAGAGAGACCGCCGUAUACGCCGCAAGUGUCCAGUACGGAGGUUGUGAGGGUUAUGAGUGGGUCAAGCAGUAGUCCGUUGGUUAUUGGGCCGACGAGACAGGCGGAACAGGUUCCUGAGAUUGGUCCGGUGAGGGUACUGGAGGAGGGACAUCCGUUUGCGAAUAUGGUUGUUGCUGUUCCGCCGCCGGAGUAUGUAAGUGAUGGGGAGGAUGUUGGAGAAGGGAGUGCUUCCGGCACCAAAACGGUACGUCGUUGAUGCUGUGAGCUGGUUUCUCCAGCUCGCUGGUUUGGCUAGGAUUUAUGGAUUUCGCGUUUUCUUGGGACAGGCGUUCUUUAUUCUCUCUCGUUUCGCAAUUGCAGUUUUGUUUUUACUUUGGAUGAAAGUAUAUGAGCUUGAGCUUAGCCAAGGCAAUGUACUGUAUCGCCAAUUUCUAUCUCC